UCUCACUACCACCACUGUCAGCUCACUCCUGGCCCUCUUUACUGAGCAUGCUCAUUACUGUUUACGGAGUCUUGGUUCCCAUCGAAUCCCACCUGAAGGCUAUGAAUGGUUAGCCUGUGUGACUUCAGCAUUUUACUCUACCAUGAUUGGUUGCUAGACCAGCCAUCCAUCUGCCAAUUAUCAAGGACGUUGGGCGCAAUCUUAUUGACGAUUGAGGGUCGUAUUCUAUUUCCAGACGUCUAACCGCUGUGAUCUUCUGAUCGCUCAGUGCCAACCCACUUGUAAAGCAUGUCAAUCAUGUACCCGCACUUGAUGAACAUUGACAAGUCCGUUCUACGGCUACUUUAAAAAGCCAUUGAACACACAUUCCACAUUCCACUUUGUUCUUCUCGAUUCGCUGGGCGAUACCUGUUCUCUCCGUUUCUACCUUUCUCUUAGAUUCUUCUCGCGCAAUGAGAUUAUCGAUCUCUUAUUUUCCGCUCUUUCUCGCAUUGUGUCUGGUAACCGAUGCUCGCCGCUUUAUUCAUCGUAGUGAACUCGUUCCCCCUCCUUCAUGCGUUUCUCAAGGUCAAAUUCCAGCGAAAUCAGAUUCCAACAUUCCACCUGUUUCGCCUACCGCCAACUCGAGUGAAGGUACUCCACCAUUGCCUUCGGGGAACUCGACAGUUAUUCAAAACUCUACCAUCCCUCUCGACGCGAAUUCAACCAACGCCACGAAUGGCACUCCACUAUUCCCACGUUUCUCUGGACUCGGCUUCCCGUCAUUCCUCUUGGGAUGGCAAGAUCUCUGUCUGGCUAGUGGAGCAGACAUUGUCGGCAUUGACUCUCCCUGUUUUAUCGGAAACACUCGCAGUUUAGACGCAUUACUUGCGACUGCUGAUCCUUGCGCUCAGCAGGAUGUUGCGGACGCAAUGAUUACCUUCGCCAAAAGCAAAGGGAUUGUAAACCGUGAAGAUCUAAUCGGUUUCGCCGUUGCUUACCGAAAGCAGCCAAGGGAGGCAGUCAGAAUACUUGGUAUCGUCCCAGCCACUCCAUAUUGUUUGAGAGCUCCGAUCAAUCCAGAAUUGAUUGGGGUUAUCAACGCACAGUCGGAAGGCGUCGUUAUUGGAGUCUACGGUGGUCCUAACUAUCCUAUCAUCAAAUUUGGUGCCCCUGGUUCGUGUCCUUUUGGGGCGCAACCCGACAUCUCUUCCUGCACGUGCGUUUCAGGGAAGGUCGUUUCUUCCGGUGGCUCUUCAGAGUCGUCCGACGGAACUAUUAGCACCGGUGGUAGUGGCGAGACCAACUCGACGACAACAGAUUCUAGCGCUGGAACGUCGAAUUCUCCGGAUGCUGGCUCUAGCACCGAUGGGACCUUGAACUCGACGACAACAGAUUGUAACACUUGCAUGGAUACUGGCUCGACGACGGACAGUUCCAAUUCAACAGAGACAGAUCCCUCUACGGCGUCGAACUCUACGGAUACUAGCUCGACGACAGGGUGUUCCAAUUCAACGGGGACAGAUUCCUCUACAGCGUCGAACUCUACGGACAUCGGGUCGACGUGUUCGAAUUCGACAGAGACAAACACUUCUACAGGUGGAUCUACCGGCAACUCGACAGAGACCGACUCAACAGGUGGCACCGAUUCGACCGAGACAGGAACAGACUCAAACGGUUCGAUGGGGACGGACUCUACAGAUGGUGCUGAUUCGACGGGGACCGAUUCGACUGACGAGAAUUCUCCUCCCAAUGUGCCUCCCAGUGGUGAUAACACAGGUAGUGCUGGAACAGCUCAAGCCUCACAGGCCGCUUCCACACCGACUGGCGACGGUAAUUUUAGUGGAGAUGUCAAUGAUCCUAACGGACGCUGACAUUGAAAGUUGGAAGUGGGAAACAGGUCUCGGUUGUACCAUUCAUUGUUAACUCUAGACAAAAUUACCGUAAUGAGAUAUAUAUGUGGAGCUCGCCUACAUUCAUCUGAGAUCUCAGUAUGCAGAAUAAAAAGUAUCCGGAU